AUGCCUCUGCAGGAAAGGGCAAUCGCUUACUUUUUGUAUCAUUAUGAUCUUGAAUCGCCUAGCCAGAACAAAAUUGGCGGUAUGGGUUUUGUUAUCCUACCGAACAGCGACAAGGAAUGGGAGCAUUACCGACUGGCAUUUGAAGCUUGCGCUAUGGCGUCGUUCAUCAAUGAGACGGGCGGUCAGCUUGAAUACAAAAGCUUGACUAUUGAGACAUACAAUAAAGCGCUGACGGCGAUGCAUAGCGCACUUCAAGAUCCAGAUGUCGUUUGCAAGGAUGCAACCUUGGCUGCAGUUUUACUUCUAGCGCUGUUCGAAUGCUUAAAUCCUACGACUGGGGAGCAAGAAAGCUGGCGCAAUCACGUACAGGGUGCUAUUGAGUUGGCCCGAGGACGCGGUCGCAAACAGAUUGACACCCGAAUUGGACAAAUGCUAUUCAGGGCAACCCGCACUUUAAUGGUAAUAUAUAGUCUCGCAACACUAGAAGACGAAAAGGAGAAAGAGCUCUGGUGGUCCGGAGACGAUGAAUGCACUUCGACCCAAAAGCUUUGCGUUGGAGUGGCUUCGCUUAGCGCGAAGGCUACGGCCCUUCUUCGUCCGUCCGGACAUAAAGAGGAAGUCGAAGUCGAAGUCAUGCUUAAGCGGUGUCAAGCUCAUGAUCGAACUUGCAAAGCCAGGUGGGACGAGUUGUCAAAGAGUACACAGGGCAUUAGCUCUAACAAUACGGACCCCUGGCUGCUGAUGCUUCUGAAUAUGCUGACAUGUGCACGAAUCCUCCUGAACUCAAUCAUUAUGAGAUGCGCGACCUGGACUUACAAGGUCCCCAAUUAUCAAACCUCUGAAGAGUAUGAUGGCGCCUGUUCUGCUCUGGCGGAAAUUAUUCUCCACAGCGCCAAGGUCAACGAACAGCAACUCUGCUGGGCCGGAGAAGCGCAGUCGUCGUUUGCAGAACUCGACGUUCAAUUACAGCCUGACCGGGAUUCGAGCGGAUGCGCCAUCAACAAGUGGAUAGAAGAUAAUAGGGACCUCAGGAAAGAGAAGCCAUUGGUAGGGUUACAACCGUUAGCCCUUAUCUGGUCUUUAAAAUGCCUCACCGAUGACCAGAUAAUCGCCGUCGACACCCGAUUACAACGCAUCCUGGGAAUCCGUGGGGCCUUACCACUUCAUGACCAUAGGGCUAAUUUCCGCAAAUCCACAACGGAUCCUCGCAAGCCUGGCGUGCGAGAUUCUGCCCCACAUCCCAAACGUACCAAGUACACGGAGGAGGAUAGAGAUGCUCUUCUUGAUCUUUACGAGAAGGGUACCACUUGGCAGGUAUUACAAGACCGCUUUCCCGGUCACACUUUACGUUCGUUGAAAAGCCAGGUAAGGGUACUGAGAGAACCUAAAUUCUUGUUCACUGACGACGAAGAUCGGACUCUUAUUCGACUAAGGGAAGAAGAGUGUUUGGAAUUUGGAGUCAUUGCCCAACAAUUACACCACAGGCCAGUCGCGGUGUCGAGGCGGUACAAGCAAUUGCGUCCUGGCAUUGUAAUAAAUAGCAGGCCCGUGGACAUAGAUAUCAAGCGGCUUGUUGACUUAAGGAAUCAAGGGCACUACUGGACCGACAUUCAAGACACCUUUCGCGGUUGCUCUAAAAAGAGGCUUCGAAAGUUGUACUCUGAGUACAAGUCUCACUCCUUAGCUGCCAGCCUUAAGGAGAUUAAGGUUCAUCCUCAGAAUGGGAUGUGA